AUGGUAGAGAGAUGGCGAAAGGAGACACACUGCUUCAAUUUUCAUAAAGGCGAGUGCACCAUCACACUUAAGGACAUCGCCAUCCUUACCGAUCUCCCCAUUGAUGGUGAUGUUGUUUGUGUGGACUCUACGGCACCACCUAAAGUUGUUGCCAAUAUGAGUGGUUGGCAACAUUUUAUAUGGACGGUCACCGGGUUGUGUCCGCCAGAAAAGGGAGAUCACGAUGCGGAUGGUAAUCCACCAUUGUCCAAGGGUCAAGUAUCCAUCACGUGGUUGACAGCGGAGAUCAGGCGUAAGCACAACCCUGAGUUCGGAGGGAUUCCCCUCACGGAGGAAAGUUCGGAGCGCGAUAAAGACAUUUAUGCACGUAUCUACAUCCUCGGCAUGAUCGGAGGAGUUUUCUUCCCCAAGAAAUCCAACAACCUAAUCAGCAAUUCAUGGUUGAAGAUCAUACUUGGUAGUUGGGAUGAUAUGGGAAACUUGAGCUGGGCAUCUGCUUGCCUAGCCCAGCUCUACCGAUCCCUAUGUAAUGCUAGUGCGAGAGCGGUGAAGGAAAUUGAUGGGGCAAUGUUCAUUGUCCAAUUUUGGGCUUGGGAGCAUUUGUCAUGGAUUGCGCCGAAGGUAGACCCCGACAAGGAAUGGGGACCCGACCAUCCCCUACGACAUGAAGCUUAUGGUUGUAGGUAA